GCCAGUUUGGUGUUUGUUAACACAAAAGUCGAACGAUAAGCGCGCGGCCAGAGCAACACGGCCACAAUCACAGUAAAGAGUAGUAUUUUCUCCUCGUUCGGGGUAUCGUGUUCGAUUCCCCCCUAGAAACAUCGACUAAAAAAAAAAUACAAUCGGUAGUAUACUUGUGCUACAGGAAAAGGUAUACACAUUUGGCAAAAAAAAAAGUGGGAGAAGGAGAGUGUGUGCGAGUGAGAGGGAUUGAUGCAAUCCAAAAGGAAAACGCGCAGUACAUCGUCUCUCUUCCCGCCGAUUUCAUGUACUUACAACAGUGUUUUGUUGUUGUAUUGUGUGAAUAUUGUGUAGUGGCAAUUAUCUUGGCCAGGUGACAUACAGAGACAAAACUGUAAAGCAGUAAAGUUUUGGCUACCGUUCGCGAUCGCGUCUCUCAAAGCAUAAUCAAUUUUUAUACCACAUUUUACCCACAAUUCCAAUUGAGGUCCGCGACGACCCCAUGCUCUACCGCGAUUUUUCCUGCUACACAUCCAACAUUGUGGGAUUUUGCAACACUUUCCCAUCAAACUCCAACAACGCAUCAACGGUUCCCGUUGAUGCUGCACGUAGUUCGGCAAAAGUUGUGAAUCUUGAGAUUUACGAACAUCGAAGAUAUAGUGCCGGGAUUUACUGAGAAAAAAAAAUCGUGAAUGUGAAUUUAUAGCUUAGCCGAUAUAGGUUCUCAAGACAAGUGAUUUUCUUUUUUGUUUAAUUUUUGGUUUUUAAGUUGAUCAGAUCCAUUUUGCAAUGAUGAAAUGGAUAGGCAGCUGAGACACAAGAGAAAUAAAAAUACAGACAAUUUACCAGACAAAUCCGUACAAGUGGUUCCGUGUUGUGUAACUGAGAAAAUCGGUCAAGCUUGAAGAAAACUUAGUAUAGAGUGCUCAUAGUGACCUUAACUCCUUUAACCAAGUUCAAACCGGAAGAAUUAUUUGACCUUCUGAGUGAGUCUGAUAUAUGGGUCCUGGACCCAAUAAAAGUUAACUGUUGAACCAUAAAAACAAAUUUACAAAAUCGAGAUAAUGUGGUUCCUGCCUGUGCAUCAAAAUCAUCUGAGUGAAUGAUCGAGACCGUGAUACGCGAUCGGCGAUCUGACUUUGCCGGAGCGAAAAACAUGUCACAUUUUCCCUUCCGAGGAUCGCCAACUGUUCAGAACGCCGUUUCCUCCGCUCCGCCAUCUCCACCCGCCGCCCCCGUCGCCAUGGCUGUCACAUCGACCGUUCCACCAGGCGCUCGUAGUUCCUCCCCCUGUUCCGCGGCAUCUGGACCCCCUACGUCGCGAUGUUGCGACACGGGCCGACCCCUGUUCACGGACCCCAUCACGGGCCAGACAGUCUGCUCCUGCCAGUACGAUCUGAUGGGAUACCAACGCCUUGCGGGAAUUCCCGGUGGCGUUCCCCUGUCAAUGUACGGUAACACAUACCCCGAGGGCUUCCCCGCCUACCUACCCACCUUAGGAGCGGACCAGGCGCCGUUCUACUCAACACCGGCAGGAGCUCUGGAACUGAAAGAAAAUUUAGCAGCUGGAGGAACUCCAUGGCCCUACCCUGCGGUUUAUCAUUCCUACGAAGCGGCGUUUGCCGGAUACCCCUUCAAUGGCUAUGGCAUGGACCUCAAUGGUGCCCGCCGGAAGAAUGCAACGAGAGAGACCACAAGUACCCUCAAAGCGUGGCUCAAUGAGCACAAGAAGAAUCCCUAUCCCACGAAGGGUGAAAAGAUCAUGCUGGCGAUCAUCACCAAAAUGACACUGACGCAGGUGUCGACGUGGUUUGCCAAUGCCCGACGGAGAUUGAAGAAGGAGAACAAGAUGACGUGGGAACCACGGAAUCGCGUUGAUGACGAUGACGCCAAUGUCGAUGAUGAUGACAGGAAGAGCACCGAUGGGAAAGACUUAUUAGAUUCUAAGGACUCAGGAACAGGCUCCAGUGAAGACGGCGAUCGACCGUCCAACCGGCUAGAAAUGUUGGACAGAUCGGGCGCCGGCGAUGGACGAGAUAGCGAAUGGUCAGAAUCACGACCAGGCAGUGGUCCUGGUUCUCCUGAAAUGUUCGACCGAUCCACCGUCAAUCAUCCCCUCCUCCAUCCAGCUGCCCUGCACUUCCGCCCUCCCACGAGUUCACCACCCGAUGGCGGCCCACCGCCGGGCGCCAGCACCAAUCCCAGCGUUAUCAGUAAGCCGCGGAUUUGGUCGCUGGCAGAUAUGGCUAGCAAGGAGAGCAAAGACCAGUCCCCAGAACCACCCCCGCCCUCAGCAGCUGCCGCCGCGGCGGCAGCACUCUAUGUACCCGCCGGCCCAGGCAAACUUAUGUCGCCUCUGGCCGCUCGAAUGCACCACCAUCCGUCGCCGUACGUCCGGCCAGACUUCUACCGCACCUUCUAUGCACCGUCACAUCUGACGGCGCCUCAGGAUGUCGCUCUCAUCGAAUCCUACCAACGGACCUUCGGUGCUAGUCUAGCCCACAAUGGCCUCCCUAUGAACCAUCCCCUCACUUCCAUGAUCUCCAAAGCGGCGGCAGGCGGUGGUCAGCCACCAUUUGCGCCGCUCAGCCUAACCACCUCCAAUGUUGGCAACGUGAACACUGCUCCACCUCCUGGCGCCUCUCCAUCCGCCUCCAGCACCUCCUCGGGCGACGCCACGGCUUCCAAAUUAUCACCUGGUUCGGCGCACACCUCCAAACCAUGACCAUUGGAUUUCAUUAGCGACCAGCAAGUGCUCAUUCGACCGUGAUUCCCAACCAACCCCCCCGGAAACUCUUCCACGAAGUGCCCCCCUACAAGGGGCGCACUCGGAGACACCCUCAACACACCCACACAAUUUCGGACAAUAAAAAAAUGUGAUUGAACAGAACUCUUAAAAAGCACGUGCUUAAAAAAUUCGAGGCCGAAACGCGAAAAAAAUGAAAGAAAAUGGGCCGCGAUAUUUUUUUUGAAUGGGGAGAAGAAUUUGCGAGAAAAAAACCUUAAACGUUAGGAAAUUGAGAAAAUAAAAAUCAGGGUACGAAAUCCGGUGCAUUCUUCAUUAUAAUAUGCAAAGUGUUUACAAAGAAUUAAAAAAAUAAAUAAAAGCUUUUAGAAGGUGAACUUGAAGCUGAAAGGAGAGGAAAUCCAGCUGAAGAAGUGUUUUCGCGUGUCUUGAACUCUCUUGGACAAUUAAUGCAGAUUUCACUAAAUUAUUGCAAAUUAAUUAAGGAAAAAUAUAAAAUAAAAAAAAAUUAAUAACCAAAUGGUGUGCUGAAGUGAUGAAACCAAAUAGUAUUUUCUCCUCUUGGGAAAAUAGGCAAAAAAAAAGGACAGGAGCACGCGAGGGCGCAAGAACAAAGUGUCUCAAGAAGAAGUGACUGAGAGUGAA